AGUGCUGCAAGAUGCCAAGUGAGGUGCUUGAGAGCAGCAGUGGGAUGGAGGAGACCGUGCAGAAACAGAGCAAGUCUGGAAGCCAGAGCCCUCACUGUGGCUCCAUGAGAAGGGCUAUGGCAACCACUGUCACCUUUGAUGGGGAAGCCACUAUGGACCGGAGGAAAAAGAAGAAGAAAGAGUCUCGCCCUGAGUCAAUAAUAGUGUAUCGGUCAGAGAAUGAGCAUAAGGUGGAAGAAGAACAGGCAGAUGAAGAAGGAGGAGAGAGGACCUCUGAGGAAGGCUCCAAAUUUCUGGGUCAGUCCAUGGCAGAUGGUGUCUGGAACAUGCCUUUAGACAGCCGAUAUGUCACCUUGACUGGAACAAUCACCAGGGGAAAGAAGAAGGGUCAGAUGGUGGACAUCCAUGUCACGUUAACAGACAAAGAGUUGCAGGAACUGACUAAAUCAAAGGAACCUCCUAAAGAAGAUGUACCUGAGAAGAAGAAGAAAUGUGAUGUUGGACUGGACAGAGGACCCCACAUCAUCCUCUGGACCAUCAUCUGCCUCCCCAUCAUUUUUGUUGUGUCCUUCGUGGUUUCAUUCUACUAUGGAACCAUUACAUGGUACAACAUCUUUUUGGUGUACAAUGAAGAGAGGACCUUCUGGCACAAGAUAACCUUUUGUCCCUUUUUGAUCAUCUUCUACCCAAUUAUAAUUAUGGUUGUGUCUUUUUCCCUAGGCCUGUACUCGGCUGUGGUCCAGGUAGCAUGGUCCUUUGGGUACUGGUGGCGUGCUGUCAGGGAUAUGGAGAAGGGCUUCUGUGGCUGGCUCUGCAGCAAGCUGGGUUUGGAAGAUUGUUCUCCAUACAGUAUUGUUGAGCUGCUAGAUUCUGACAAUAUCUCAGGUAGUCUCUCUGGCAAGAGCUCUGCACAGGGGGUUGAGACCUCGGCAGUCUGAGCCUUUGUCCUGGCUGACUAUUUUGGUCAUACGCAAGUGGUUUUCACCUAGAAAAUAACACAAUGUUUUUUUAUCUCAUAUAUAUAUAUAUAUAUAUAUAUAUAUUUAAACACAAUCUUAAUUAAUAAAAUAUUGGGCUGGGAGGGGUCUUUAAAUGUCACAGAACGCAAGUGUGCUAGCUUCACAUGGUCUGGGAGGGGAGUUGCAUGGCUCUCCAAGGUUUUAUUGUCUGUUGUACUGAAUUACAGUUUCAGGGAAUGGUGAGAAAAUCCAGGUCUGUGGGGCUUGAGCUGUUUGUGGCGUGGCAGAGGUAUAUGCUGAAAGGUCCAGUUAUGUAAAGUCAGAAUAGGAGUGGGACAUAACAGUGACCUGUUGACUCAGUGAAAAGAAGUUUCUACUCAGGGUAUGACCUUCUGGAGCUAGGAAGUCAUGGAGAGCUGAAGCCUAGCCUAAACAGCAAAAAGUGAUGUUCCUGCAGGUUUCCUAGAAAGGGUCCUUUUACAGUCCUUUCAACAAGUGCAGCAAACCUUUCAGUGCUUAGACACUGUCAGAGUUUGAAAAACAGACCACUACAAUAGUUGUGCUCAGCCUUUCCCUGGGAGAGGGAGGACUGCAUAGCUUCCCACAAAGGCAUGUGAGCUCAAUGCUGACCUGAAAUGCACUCACCACAUGAUGGAAGAGUAGGACUUUCUCUGUAAUGUGGUGUGUAGGGACUCGAUGGGCCUGUCACUGAGCACCGUCAGGAGACUGUAGGUGCACAAAUAGGUGCUUAGGGCACACCUGCAUCUGAUCUCUUGAUAGGCAUGCUGCUGGGAAGGAAUGGGCUACGAGAGUUGUAUGCAGUGUGCACCACAAGCAGUUGCAUUGUAGGGAAGAAAUGUCUGCUGUGAGGAAAGGUGAUCAGUUUGCAUGUCACUGCAAUGUAAGUGUGGACUGGUGGCACCUGUAUUUAGGGAAGUGGAGUGGAAGGUGGUUGGAUGGGAAGGUCUCGCUGAAUCAGUCAUUCUGUUCUUCAAGUUGCUUUUAUGGAACAGCUGCUGGACCUUCCCUUCCCUCAGGGGCAUCCUGGAGCCCAUGUCUGUUAGUGCCAGUGCAAACAGCAUUAGUGCCUCAGCUCUUGAAGGCUCCAUCCCACACAUACUUCCUAGUUAAUUAUGUGGGAGAGCAGUGGACUAUAUAUCCUCUUCCCAUCGUGUCUCAUUUUUGUAAUUGGUUUCUCUCCUUUUGGGACAUUACAUGGCAUCUUAGUGGGCUCCCAGACCAGGUGGAGGUGGCUGGAGAAAUUUCAAUUGUCUCUUUUAAAGAAAGACUAGUGGAAAAGUUCUUUUUUUUUUUCUGGAUUGACUGUUGGGGUUUUGACCUAAGGAGAACACAAGGAAAAUAAAAGAGAUGUAUAACAGACUCAAAUGGGGGCUGAGUUACAUGUCUGAAACAUGAUUCAUUUUCUGAGUGCUCUAGUUCAGCUGGUGCUGCUAGAAAGUCUAUCUCAGCCCCAACCCAGAGGAACCCACCGUUUGCAUGCCUGUAGGUAGAUAGUUCCUAGUGUGCAGUCAGGCUGCACAGUCACUCAUGUCUGUAUAGGUGUUUCACUUCCCCAAUCUCCCUACCAGAGGGGGAACUGCUCUAGUUUUAGGGUGGUAAAGAGAAGCAUUCAGAAGUUGGAUUUCACAGGAACUAAUGAUUCAUGUUGCAUUUCAAGAAGAGGGUCAAGACUGCACUGGCUGGCUGCCCUGGCUAGGACAUCUGGGAUGUAUAAACAAGUCCAUCCUAUGCUCUGGGCCUGACACUGAGAAAUAAGUAAAGUCCCAGAUGAAUCCUUGGUCUAUCCCUUUCUGGGAGGUCCAACCAAAGCAACCUUUUAGCCCUGGCUUGAGGAUUAACAGUGUAAAUAGUGUACAAGCCAAAUAUCAAGACUAGGCUUGGACUCACCCUUAACAGGUACAGCCAGGCUGUGUUUGCUUUAUGCACAGCUUUCAGUUUUUAAGUUUUUACAGGCUAUGUCUUUAAAGGCAAUGACCAACUUCCAAAAAAAAUCAAACAACAAAACAAAACAAAAAACCCAAACAAACAAACAAACCAACAACAACAUAAAAAAAAACACCAAAAAACAAUCUGUGAGGCAAUAGCAGGUAAUUCAGUGGGGUUCAAAGAGGCCUGAGACCAGUUCAAGUAGUGAAAUGCCUUUCACAGGGCUGUUUCAAUCAGGGAGCUUGGUAUCUCUGAAUUAAUAGAGAAGGUGAGGAUAAAUCAUGCCAGUGCUGGCAGCCUGUAAUGACCCAGUGCAGUCACUCUGCUUAAUACUCCUCCACAUGGAAAUCACAGGCUCUCACAUGGCUGGAGGGUGGGAAGAAGUGAUGCUUAAGAAGCAUUAAUGGAAGGAUGGCCUACUGGCAAGUGUUCCCACGCAUUGCUUGGAGGGACACUGAUGGUGUGAAAGGAGCGGAUUGUGUGUCUUGGCCCCAACAUGAGGCAAACAAGUGGGCUUGGGGGAAGCAUGGCUGGCAAGUGUUCAUUCUGCAGAGGGAGAAAACCCAAUUCAGCUGUCACUGCCAAACAGCAGCUGUUCAAGGCUAGAUGAAAGGCUGGGGUCUGUAGCACAAAGAGCCUUCACUUACAGAGGGCUUGAAUGAUAAAUACCAGCUCAUUACAGUAUACAGCCAUGUGAAAUAUCUGCUGAGCUGUAGGAUCUGCUUUCAGAAUUGCAAAGAGCCUGCCAGAGCAGAGACAAAACCAAACUUGUGCCUGUUACUGCUUGUCACCAUUUGACUCAGGUUUGACAAAAAUGCUCUCGAUCCCCUCCCCCUCCUACCCAGGUAGGGAAGGAGAGAAAAAGAGAGAGACUUUACUGGAUUGAAAACUAAACUACACAGCUUUAAUUAAACACCAAUGAUAAAAGAAAAUAUAUACAAUUAUAUACAAAUAAGUUCAGAUAUGUGCAAAAGCCUCUCGCUUCCCCCCACCCCCAGCAACUCCCAUAGCAUCUCCUGAGCUGGGAAUAGUCCCAAAAAGUCCCUGAGCUGAGCUGCCAGAGAGAGAGAAGAGUGAUGAGGGUCAGGAGAGCUUGAGCCCAGGGGUCGAUGGUGAUGGAUGGACGGAGUCCUCCCUGGACACCGGCCGUGGAUGGAAGAGAAGGGAAGAAGAAGCAGGAAGGAAGUUGUCUUCUGUGAUCUCUGACCUUCCUCUGAGCUUACGUAGAUACAUGGAAUGGAAUAUCUCUGGUCAGUUUUGCUGGCUGUCUAAUUCAGCCUCAUACGGGGGGUCACAGAUCUCCCUGUAGUGUCUGAGCCGGCAGAGGAAAGGUGUGACCUCGAAGACCCAGCAGUUAGAAAAACAUUCCACUGUUAUCAGUCUUAGUUGGAACACUCUGCUACUAGUUAAAAGAAAGCUUACUGAAGAAAAAAAAAAGUCAGUAAAAGAAAAAUUGGCUUCAUUCUGGCUCAAACCAGGACACUGCUGUGUAAACACAAAGGAGCAUCAGAGAAAUCUUAUUACCCUCCCUCUGCCAUGGCAGCUAUGCUUCUGGCCACCUUUUGGGGGAUAUACUGCAACAAUCCAUCAUGUGUUUUCUACUUCUUUACACUUAACCAAGCUUGCCUCUGCACCUGCUGAAGUCAGGAUGUUCUGCCAUCGCUUUUGGUGGAAGCUAGUUUAAGCCUGGGGUUAUUUCUGGUGCUAUUUGUAAAUGUUUUAUUCAAACUUUUCUGAAAACAACUCUGGAUAGCUUUCUCUUGUGCCUGUUGUCCCCUGGAACAGCUUGCCUGAUGCAAAAUAUAUAAUCAUAAUCGUUUGUUGUACUAGAAAAAAGCACAAUUUUUUGUCGUGUUCUGCCCUUGCCUUCAGAAGCUCACCCGUAAUUCCUGCUUACGUGCCACUGUCAAACUGCAGGGAAUUCCAGUUAUUCCGAAUGUUGAGUGUGUUUCUGGCUGCCCUAGUCUGGAUGUUUUUUUUAAGUAGAGAUCAUGUGUGUUUGCUGAUUGUUAUUUUUAAUUGCAUUCCCUUUCCCCAUCCUUGCUGGCCUGGAUGGAGAAUAAAGAUGUAUGCAGCUUUAGAAGAGUGUUGCUCUCGUGCUUCUGCUUGACUACAUGUUCGGAACAGUGCUGUGGGAUGGACACAGUCAUUCUCUGCUGACAAUUAUCAGUCAUUUAUCUUUGAAGACCCACUUUAAAGUGUGUCAGAAAUGGGUCGCAGUUUUAUCUCUUGUGCCUGUCUAGAACUGUCACAUCUCUGGGUUCUUCUUUGUUUUUUCUCCAUAGUGCACAAAUGAAAACUUUUGUAUUGAAUUUCACUGACUGGGUAAUCUGUUUGGCCUUAGCCCCAGUGAUCUGUAGGGAGGGACACACUUAUACACCAA